CCCCAGCUUUGACGUUAGUGAGGUGACGUCAAAUUAGUUGUCAAAAAUCAAAAAUGCUGAACACGUCAACUUGUUAACAUUGUUUAGAAAAACAUUGCAAAAUUGUAAUUUAAAGUGAGUCAGCGGGUGCAAACCCGAAGUGAAAAUCCCGUGUGUUUUAUAGUUGAAGUUUGUCGUAACCUCAAAGCUGGAAUCGUUCAAAAUGAGAAGGGCCCAUGCUGGAAAUUACUAUGAGCCUCUGCCCCAGAGUUCUAAUGAAGUCGAAGAGGAAAAUGAUCGAAUGGCCAAUGAAUUAAGGGACAAAGUUGGUGCGCUGAAGUCAUUGUCGAUAGAUAUAGGGAAUGAGCUCAAGUAUCAGGACAAAUUGUUGCGAGACGUGGAUGAUGAUAUGGACAGGACUAGGGGGUUUCUGGGGAAUACCAUGAAUAGGGUCUUGAGGCUGUCAAAGGGCUCUCAUAAUUACUACAUCGUGUAUUUGUUUUUCUUCUCAUUGUUUGUGUUCUUUGUGUUGUAUAUUGUAUUAAAGUUUAGAUGAUUUUGUUGUUAUUUAUUCUCAUUUGUAUAUAAGAAGUGUUUUAUGGCUUUUGUAUUAUAGGGUUUAAAAAUAAAGUCUGAUUAUUUGCAA